AUGUCGCAUGACUCUGGCAAAAUGAUUGAAUACAUUCAAGACCGCCUGUACCUGGCAUCCUAUGACUCUGCACCAAGCUCGAGGACGCCAUUCCCCUACCCCGCCGAGCCAUCCAAGUCUCCAAGCAAGCGGUCGCGUGCUCAACCUCCCACUACACCUAGCAGCAAGCGCCGCGCUCCCGUGUACUUCACCGUUGACGAUACACUCCUUUACAAUGCAUUUCAUGCGGACUUCGGCCCUCUGCACAUCGGCCACUUGUAUCGAUUUGCAGUGCUGUUCCAUGAGAUCCUCGGUGACCCAGCCAACAGCGACCGACCCGUGGUCUUCUACAGCAAGACUGACGCACGAAGCCGUGCGAACGCCGCAUGCCUUGUCGCGUGCUACAUGGUUUUAAUCCAGUCGUGGCCGCCCCACUUGGCACUUGCUCCCAUUGCGCAGGCCGAUCCCCCAUACAUGCCAUUCCGCGAUGCUGGAUACAGUCAGGCGGAUUUCGUCCUGAAUAUCCAAGAUGUAGUGUAUGGUGUGUGGAAAGCAAAGGAAAAGGGUCUGUGCGGCCUGCGGGAUUUCAACCUAGAAGAGUACGAAAAGUUUGAGAGAGUUGAUAUGGGUGACUUCAACUGGGUGACACAGGAUUUCCUCGCUUUCGCCUCACCCCAACACCAACCUGUUGAGCCCGUUCCCGCGAACACCCCCGAAUACGAUGCCCUGCCCUCCACUAUUUCCGAGGUCUGCUCCUCCAAGUUGCCUAUGCCUUUUAAGAACGUGCUUGUUCAUUUUGCGUCGCGCAAUGUGGGUCUUGUCGUGCGGUUGAACUCAGAGCUCUACAGCCCAUCUUACUUCACAGCUAUGGGAAUCGCUCACAUCGACAUGAUCUUCGAAGACGGCACCUGCCCACCUCUGCAACUUGUGCGCAAGUUCAUCAAGAUGGCCCAUGAGAUGAUCACCGUGAAGGACAAGGGUAUCGCUGUUCACUGCAAGGCCGGCCUCGGUCGGACAGGAUGUUUGAUCGGCGCCUAUCUCAUCUACCGCUAUGGCUUUACCGCGAAUGAGGUCAUUGCUUUUAUGCGAUUCAUGCGCCCUGGCAUGGUUGUUGGACCUCAGCAACACUGGCUGCACCUGAAUCAGGGUUCGUUCCGCGAGUGGUGGUUUGAGGACAGCAUGCGCGAGAAGCUGGCUCAGUCUGCUCCUGUCACUCCUGCUCGUAUGUCGACCAAGAAGCGUGCGAGCAAUGGCGUUGUUUCCACCCCUCCCAACAACACUCACUCGAAGCGUGCUGCUCUCGGGGAGAUUGAUCACAACGAAGGCGCUGCAAACCAGCACGAGGAGAAUCUCCCAGCACCAACUCCUGGUCAGCCACGCAAGUCACACCGAAAGGAUUCUCGCCACCACCCUUACUCACGCACAGCGUCUGGAUCAUUAGCUGUGGAGCAUGAUGCUCACAAGACUGAGCAGCGCCCUAAAGGCCACCGCCUCAGUAAUGAGAGCAGUGAGAGUGACGAAGAGAUCCAACUUCGUAUGUUGGCCAAGAAAUCAUCCAAGUCUCCGGUUGCGUCUACCACAUCACGAUCUAUCAGCUACUCGGCGACUGUCACAGCCAGCUACACAUUGACCGAUGACAUCCAUGAGGACCGAGAGAACUGGGUGGAGAAUGCCGCCCCUAAGACUCCCACAAGCCGGAAGAGUGCAGGUGCCCCCAUUUCCGUUAGCAAGAUUCGCACCAGCCCCCGGCGGGCAACAGACAGCACCAAGACUGACUCACGAGGCGUUCGCAAGGCCAGUGGUCGCAUUGGAAGCACAUCUAGCCCCGCUCGGGCUGUUCGGCCUGUUCAGUAA